AUGGCAGACCACUCGAUUGCUGAGGUCCUCACCUUCCCGACAGACCCUGCACAAUUCGACAACGACGACCGGAUCUCCUUCUCCAGGCUUGACAACAAAUACAUCGCCGUACAAGAGUCAGAUGGCACCGAGUUCGAGUUCGACGCGCAGUUGAAGCGAUGGGUACCUGUCAUGGACGAGGCUGAGGAGGCCCUCAUACAACAACAGCAGAGCGCAUAUGGCAGCAUUAACGAUGCUUCGUACGGCGACGGUGACGCCCAAGUAAGCAAUGGCAGAAAGAGAAGGCGAGAUGACCUCGAGGACCAGGACAAUAACAACAACGACAACGCCGCCGCCUCUUCUUCGAACGGCAGGCGGAAGAACAAGAAACAAGCCAGCCAACCCAAGCAGCCGCCCCAAAACAGAGCCGUCUACGUGACAGGUCUACCCCUCGACGUGACAGUCGACGAGGUGGCCGAGGUCUUUAGUCGCAAGUGCGGCGUCAUCGCCGAAGAGAUCGACAGCGGGCGGCCGCGGAUCAAGCUGUACGCGGAUGCCGCAGGAAACUUCAAGGGCGACGCGCUCGUGGUCUUCUUCAAGCCCCAGAGCGUCAACAUGGCCAUCAUGCUGCUGGACGACACACACUUCCGGUACACAGAGUCCGGGCUCGGGUCAGGCAAGAUGCGCGUGCAGGCUGCCGACACCAGCUACAAGAAGACACAGCAGCAGCAACCGGUCGACGGGGAGGGAGCGGGCGGUGAGGGCGCACAGCAACCACACCAAACGAACAACGGCAGAGGCGGGCCUGGCAACAAUAGCAAGGACCGGGAGAAGGUGAUCAAGAAGACGCAGAAACUCGAUGCGAAGCUGGCCGACUGGUCAGACGACGAGCCGGCGUAUAUCCCUCCCGAGCAGCGCACGGGUAAAAGAGACAAGAUGGUCAUCCUGAAGCACAUGUUUACCAAGGCAGAGCUCGAUGAGGACCCCGCGGCGCUGCUGGAGAUCAAGGAGGACAUACGCGACGAGUGCGAGAAGCUGGGCGAGGUCACAAAUGUGGUGCUGUACGAUCUCGAGCCGGAGGGUGUUGUCAGUAUCAAAUUCCGGAAACCCGAAGCAGCAGACGCCUGUGUGCAGUUGAUGGACGGGCGGAGCUUUGGUGGCCAGAGGGUCGAGGCAUACAUACCCACUGGCAAGCUGAAGUUCAAGAAGUCCAGGGACAAUAAUGAUGACGCUAGCGAUGAGGAGGACUGA